AAUCUAAAUCUUCCUGCGCAAUUUUCGUCCGCAUCGCAUUGUGUCUGUUGGCCCUUUGUAACACUUGUAACAUAAGUUGUUUAUUGGACAUGGCAGCUAUUGGAAAAGAUUCCAACGGUGAAAACUAUAUCAUGGCUGAAGAGUCACAUUCUACGGACAAAAAACCAAAGAAAAAGACUGGAGUGUGCUAUUCAAAGAAAUUUAUUGGAUUUCUCAUUCUCAAUGUGUUGGUUGCGUACAUUGUUGUCAUCUGGUUAGCAACUAAAGGUUCUGAUGAAAGUUCUCAGGAAACUACCGAUUUUAGAACAAAAACAAGUUACAAAAGUAGGAAACUGCGCAUCAAUACUGGUGCUGUGGUCAGCGACAAUGUGGCGUGCUCCAACAUAGGCAGGGAUUUUCUGCUUCGUGGGGGUUCUGCUGCUGACGCUGCUAUAGCAACGCUUCUUUGUAAUGGCGUCGUUACACCUCACAGCAUGGGAGUAGGAGGAGGGUUAUUCAUUGUAUACUACGAUGCCAAAUCACAAAAAUCUGUGUAUAUCAGCGGCCGCGAGAGGGCGCCCAAAAACAUCCAUAGCGAUAUUUACGUCAACAAAUCUGGGUGCCUUGGCGGACUCUACAUAGCAGUUCCUGGAGAACUAAGGGCGUAUUGGACGUUACACAGAAAAUACGGCCGUUUACCUUGGAAGGACCUCCUCACACCAGCUGUUCAUCUGGCCAGACACGGAUUCUACCUCGCCAACAGUGUCCACAAAGCUCUGUCCUACAUGAAAAAUUCAUUCAACAUAAAUCUGCAGGACCAUGCACCUCUCUGUGAUGUGUUUUGUGACCAGGAAGGAAACAUAGUACCAGAAGGAUCCAUAAUAAGGAACAGCAGACUGGCAGACUUCCUGGAGAAGGUUGGAGAGAGGGGAGCUGAUUACCUCUACAACAGCUCACUAACAGACGUCGUCGUCAAGGAGAUCAAUGAUAAAGUUUCCAUGAAGUUCUGGGAGAAAGGUGAUUUACAGACCUACCAUGCCAAGGAGGGUCCGUCUCUCUCAGUGGACCUGGGACAGUGGAUUCUACACACGGUCCCCGACCCAAGCGGAGGGCCUAUACUGGCUCUUCUCAUGAACAUAUUCAAAGAACUGAAAUUGUCUAAAAGUGCUAUGACAAAAGAUCCUGCUAAGGUCUACCAUUUGAUGAUAGAAGCUACAAAAUUUGCCUACUCGUUACGACCUUUGCUCGGAGAUGGUGAUUUUGAACCGCAAGUCAAAAAUAUAGUAGCUCGUCUGGUAUCAAAUGCACUGGCCUCAAACAUUACAAAAAUUAUAGACAGAAAAAGAACACAUCCUCAGUCUUAUUACACAAACAUUACCAUGACAUCACAUGACGAUCAAGGGACCAGUCACGUGUCUAUUUUAGCGCCAAAUGGGGAUGCGAUGUCAGCUACUAGCACAAUAGAUUUUUACUUUGGUUCAAUGUUCAUGUCAAAUACAACGGGCAUAAUUUGGAACAAUGAAAUGUGUGAUUUCUCCAUAAAACGCACGGCACAGCAGGAGGUUUCUAAAGUGAACUCGGUAAAACCAGGAAAACAGCCACUAUCCUCCAUGGUCCCCGCCAUAUUUAUUAACAAAAAGAGCGGGAAAGUUCGUUUGGUGAUUGGUGCUGCUGGAGGUUCAAGGAUUACAACCACCGUUGCCCAGAUAUCUGCCAGAGUUUUAUUAUUUGGAGAAACAAUUGAAGAGGCAAUACGAAAAAAGCGAUUCCACCAUCACUUUUCGCCUGACGUCUUAAAGUACGAGUUUGGUUUUCCACAGGAUAUUUUGUCGGAGCUGAAAAAUAAGUACGGUCAUGAAGUAAAGGAGCGAGACAGAUACAUGGCAGUUGCGGAGGGGGUAGAGCGGUGUCCGGUAACGGGACAAGUUUUUGCUUUUGCAGACAUCAGGAAACUUCCUGGGUGGGCUAGCUUUGUACAAAAUACGACAUUAAUUUAAUAAAUAGUUUGCGGUUAAUUCAAUUUCAAGGGAAAUAAAAUUCAAGACGCGACACAAAAGAAGAGGAAACAAAAGAAUUUUAUAUUCAUGAAGCAGUUGAUGUCUUAAUUGGAUAAAAGAAUUUCCUACAAGAAUUUCAGUUUUGAAAAACAAACAGGAAUUAACUGCACUACUUAUCUCUGUGUUAUCUUAUUACAUGUAAAGGAUAUUGGUCUUUACAUGUCGGAGAAAGAUUGCAAAAAUAUGGAAUGAAUUUUAAUAAAAAAAAUAUUUAUAUGCAUGCAUAAUUUUUAUCCACUGUCGUAGUUAUUUUUUUACUGUAACGAGUGCAACAAUUAUUGAGUAUUCCAUUCUCACCUUAAUUUCUUUUUAUAUGAAUUAAAUCAUUGAUGACAUAUGAAUAUGUGUGGUUUUCUUCAAUACUAAUCAUAUUAGAUUAUAAACAACAUUAUAUCUUAAUAUCAAUGCAAGAAGAAAUUACUUGAGAUGUCCUACGUUUCGCUGAAAUACAAGAAAAGAAUGAUCAAAGAAUAUUAUCAUGUGCCAAUUUUUAAAUUAGUGAUUAAAAUGCCUGCCAAACAAGCC